UCACCGGGACUGUGUGCACAGGUAUUGGCCUUAUUUACAAGUAUUCUCUACAUAACCAAGAUACCUAAUAGGUAUUGAAUUGAUAAGACCAGAGAACUUAUAAUAAUUGACUGGGAACUGAUGCAACUUCGAUUUUAUUUCUACCACCGUCUACUUCCUUGUAGUGAAAGAAGUUUCCCCUCGUCGUCAUCCAUCAGGUGUUCACCGAAGCGACGCUUGAAGGUGUACCAGUGGCAAGGAUGCAGAGUGGCACCAAUAUUAGGAGAAUAAAAGCCUGCUUGCAAAACAAUGUUUCCGAAAGGAAUUAUGACCCUGAGGAUCAAUGCGGAACCAACGGAUGCAGUGUCGUGAAAAAGAAACCCGAAGUGAGCUUUUACCUGCUACACGAAGGCGUCGGAGUCGCACUGGUGACUGUAUUUAUUCUGGUGCUGUGGGGACUUGUUCAUUUAUCAUUACAGCAACUUGUCUUUGGAAAAGCUACUGGCGAGUUCAAUGCUGUCAGGGCAAGGGAGCACCUGGAGCGCAUCACCAGCGUCGGUCCCCGUCCCGUGGGCAGCCAAGAGAACGAGGUCCUAACGGUGAACUUCCUGCUGGAGCAGAUAGAGCACAUCAAGGCCAUUAGCGCCUCAGGACCCAACUCUGUCACUGUGGACGUACAGAGACCCACAGGCUCCUACAAGAUCCCGGGAGGAUUCACAUCCUACUGUAAGGUCAGCAACAUUGCUGUCCGUCUGGAGCCCAAGGCUGGGGCUCAGCACCUCAUGCUGGCCAAUUGCCACUUUGAUACUGUGGCCAACAGUCCAGGUGCAAGUGAUGAUGCGGUGAGCUGUGCGGUGAUGUUGGAGGUGAUCAGCUCCCUGGCCAAUCUGUCCACUCCUUUACGACACGGGGUGGUGUUCCUCUUCAACGGAGCAGAGGAGACCAUGCUGCAGGGGAGUCAUGGCUUCAUCACUCAGCAUCCCUGGGCCAAGCAGGUCCGAGCCUUCAUCAACCUGGAGGCAGUGGGGGUGGGGGGCAAAGAGCUGGUGUUCCAGACAGGUCCUGAGAAUCCCUGGUUGAUCCAGGCCUAUAACCAUGCUGCCAAACAUCCCUUUGCUUCUGUGGUGGGACAGGAAAUCUUCCAGAGCAGGUUGAUCCCAUCCGACACAGACUUCCGCAUCUACAGGGACUUUGGAAACAUUCCAGGCAUUGAUUUAGCCUUCAUUGAGAACGGCUUCAUCUACCACACCAAAUACGACACACCCGACAGGAUACUGACAGACUCCAUCCAGAGGGCGGGUGACAACAUCCUGGCAGUACUGAAGCACCUGGUCAUGUCUAAGGAGCUGGCGGACCCGUCCGAGUAUGCCCAUGGCAACAUGGUGUUCUUUGACCUGCUUGGCAUGGUGGUGGUGGCGUACCCGGAACAUGUUGGCACCAUCAUCAACUACACGACUGCCAUAGCAACCUUCCUCUACCUGUUGAAGAAGUGCCUCCAUCCCAGCAACGUGGGAGGUCGUUACGUGAAGGAGUUGGCAUGUGCCACGGUGGCGGUCAUCCUCAGCUGGUUGGUCACUCUGCUGACCGUGGUCUUUAUAGCCUUUGUGGUGUCACUGAUGGGACGAUCCAUGUUCUGGUACAACAACUUCUACACCUGCAUGUUUAUGUACGGUUCUGCUGCCACUGGGAUGAUGGUCCUCUUCCACACACUUUCCAAGAACCUCUAUGGGGUGAGCUGUGUGUGUGGGUGGGCGUGCGGUGCGUGGCCCACACUGGUCAAGAACCUCCUGUACGGGGGUGCGCGUCGUCUGGAGGUGGGGGAGCUCUACUUUGACGUGAGCCUGCUGCUGUGGUGUGGCGCACUGGUUUACUUCACAGCUAACGGCCUCUGCUCUGCCUACGUCCCCAUGCUCAUGGUGGCCUUCCCUCUGGCCACCAAGCUGCUCCUCGCCAGGGAGUUCAAACUCCGAGGUGCUUCGGUGAAGUACUCUGUGCUCUACCAGCUGGGUCUGGCUUUGCCCUACGUCCACUUCAUGUUCCUGAUCUGGUUGGUGUUUGAGGUCUUCACGCCCACCCUGGGAAGGAGCAACACAUACCCUGCUGAUGUGGUCCUGGCCACCAUCGUCACCCUCACCAUACUCUUCUUCUCCUCCUUCUUUCUCCACUUUAUCUAUCUGGCCAGGUCUACUAAGUGGCUGUUGGCAGGUCUGGGAACAGUGUUUACUGUGUUUCUGUUGCUUGUAUCCUGUGGUAUGUUCUUCCCCUACACAGCAGACCCCUCUGGUCCACGCCCCAAACGGGUCUUCAUCCAGCACACCACUCGUAUCGUCCAUGGUCUGGACGGCCAGGUGGAGAGUAGAGACUCAGGUCUGUGGAUCAACAGCUUUGACUACACUGGCAUGCAGCACAUCACGCCUAUCAUACCAGAGAUCAAUGAUACCAUCAUGACCAAUUGUCAGGAGGACAGGCCUUUCUGUGGCUACCCCUGGUUCCGAUCUGAUAAGAAUAACUGGUACCUCCCAGCCCCUGAGGUCUUUCCCAAGUCUCCUGUGGAGUUUCAGCUCCUUUCUAAAGAGGAGACAAAAUGGGGAACAGUUAAGAUGACUUUUGAAGUCAAAGGUCCCAGCCACAUGUCCCUCUACCUCAUGCCCCACCGAGGAGCCUCUCUGUCUAGCUGGUGGUUUGGGGACGGCACCCCCCAGUUAUACCUGGCUAGAGAGUAUUUCAUAUUCUACACCCAUGGCCUGGACGCCCCCGCCUGGAACUUCUGGUUCGAAAUACAGCCUCCCAGAGAGGAGGGCCCAGAGGGGAUGAUCUCAGUAGCCAUCUCAUCUCACUAUUACUUUGGAGAGGACCAGAGGACUGUUCAGCUAGACGACAUGCUACAGAGGUUCCCCAAGUGGGCCUUCCCCUCUUCCUGGGUCUCCACCUAUCACAUGUACCGAUACUGAGAUAAUGUGCCCGUUGUUGAGCCUGCUUCCCCUCCACUCCAACACACUGAAACAGACACAGAUGGCAGACACACGGACAUGCACGUACCCAGUUCCCUGGCAUAUUCAAGAGAACCUCACCAUCACUUUGUCAAUAAGCUAGUUGCUAACAGGAGAGCCACUUAAGCCAAGCAUCCUUUUUUAUACAGUAUAAAGUAACAGGUAGGACUAACUUACUGACAAGGGCAUGGUCCCCCGGAGUUCUUCCUUUCUUUGUGGGGAUAGAGAUAAUUAGGGCAUUGUUUUUUUUUUAACUCUCUCUGCCUAACUGUUUUGUAUCUAUUCUACCUCCUGCCAGCUCUGUCAACAAGCACGAGGUCAAAAGCAUCAUUCUCUAGCGUCACUAUCUAUAUUUUCAGGAAAGGCUACAGUGCCUUAGAUGGAUGGUUAUAGCUCUAACAUCUCUGGUUCUGACCUUUCCAGGGCCAAGCUUAAAGGGAAAAUUCACUUAUUUUACAUUUCC